CUUUUUUGCCACAAUAUAACGCGUCAUGCUACGUGAAUUAGGCGGUAUCGCCUCGAUUCCUGGAGACUGCCGAUUGUUCGCGGAAUGGCAAAUUGAAAUGUUUUCUUCGCGGACAUUCGGCAGACGGCAAUGCCGUUCUUGAAACCUCAGAGAGCUACGUGGUGCGAACUACGAAUAGAAUCCUGUAAACGAAAUGGUUGGCGACACGCUAUAUACUCGCCUGAGACAAAACGUAUUGCCAAAGCGCAUUACAAGGGCGAAUGGAGAAAUGAUAAAAGGGAGGGCAAAGGCAUAGGAAUCAGCAGGUAUCAUGAAAAUUAUUCCUUCGAUGGCUGGAUGUACGAAGGCGACUGGCACAAUGAUCUGAGACACGGUUACGGCGUCCUAAGUAAAAUUACGGAAGACGGUAACGUGCGCAAGGUAUACGCCGGCGACUGGAUACGGGGAAAGAGACACGGAUUCGGAAGCAAUUGGUACAAGGACGGCAGCUACUACGAAGGCGCAUUUCGAGAAAACGAACGAAAUGGUUACGGCCGAAUUUGGUACAAAUGCGGCAGCGGAUACUACCAGGGCAUGUGGCUGAACGAUCGUUACCACGGAGAAGGAAUGCUCGUUCAAGAAAACGGUAACUUUUACGAGGGUCAGUUUGCAAAUGGCAAGAAGGAAGGUCUGGGUGUCUUCCAUCACUUGGACAGUCAACAAGUGCAGAAGGGUUGUUGGGAGAAUGACGUCUGCGUGAACAGCACGAUUGAGGAUCGCCGACUAACGACAGCCAGCCUUACAUCCAUUACACAUUCCAAGGAUAAAUGAUCGAGCAGCGCUACACUUAUAAGCGCAUUGCGUCACGUCUCAUUUACGUCCUCUCAGAUCGAUUUGAACAUGCAUGUUUCACAUUACUGGCCUUCCCUGUAUUUUGCGGCGAACGGAAAAAAUGUAAUACGUAUGUAUGACUUCGUACGUACGACCUUUUUUUAUUUUGGCAAUCGCUCCUAUCGGCGUGCGAAGCCGAAAAGUAUAUCUACAGAUCAGAAUCGAACACAUACUUUCCCGACUUUUAUUCGCGAUCAUAGAAAUAUAAUGUCCCGAGUAACAUUAUGUACAUCCAAGUCACCGCUACCUGACAUUCCGUUUCUUAUUUUUACGGCAGUCGUAAUGUAUAUACUUGAGAAUAAUGUACUUGCGCGUUGAAGAACAAUAAGAGAAAUUACUGUCAUUAAAUGUCUCCUUAAAAAAAAAAAAAAAAAAAAA